AUGUCUUCCAAGGCUCUCGUCUCCUUCCUUUUCGCCUUUCCGUGCGCCGUCGCAGCCGUAAGGCCCUGUUACGACGGUUUCGAGCUUGAGGUCGGCGAGAGAUGUUUGCUGGAAGGGUUCGAGUUCUGUGACUGGAACUGCGAGAACGUCCUGGCUUGCACCAAUGGGACCUGGCACCUGGUGGAGAGCUGCACCGUAACCGACGAUUCCUACUGCCGGAUCCUGGGCGCCGGCAAGGCUAAGUGCAUCCUGGACGAAGACGAAGAGCCCGUUGAAUACAAAACCUCCGGAGCCGCAGCCAUCGCCUCCGAGUCUAACCCUGGAUGUAUGCCGUCGUUUAGGAUCGGUGCGUCUUGUGGCAGCGACCCAAAGCUCGAAGGGACUAUGAGGUGUGACGACACUUGCAGCAAUGUUGGUAUCUGCCACAAUGGCGUCUUCCAGGUGAACAGCCCCUGCGCUCCGGGACGUUGCCAGUGGAAUGCAGACUCUGGGCUGCCCUUCUGCAUUUGA